AUGUUUUCUAAUUUUGGACGUGUAUUGAUUUCCAUUAGACCUGCUGUUAGAACGUUUUCUAGUGUGUGUUAUGGCAGAGAGCAGACGGUAUCACAUAGAAGGCCAACAUUUGGUGUGAUGGGAGAGAUAAUGGCUAGAGUUAGCAGGCAAAGUCCAUACAUGGCCCCAGGUAUAAACACCGGAGUUACACAGGUUAGAUGGGCCACUCGUGGAGGUCACAGAGGCAAUAAUUUAGGUAAUACAUAUCAACCAAACACUUUGAGGAGAAAGAGAAGACUAGGGUUUUUGGCAAGAAUGAAAUCCAUAAGUGGUCGUAAAAUAGUCAAAAAUAGAAAGCAGAAGGGAAGGUGGUUUCUCACGUAUUGA